AGUACGUCUUUGCGGUGCAUGCUGGGAUCGCCCGCUGGUGUCACAGUUAUGGCGUCCCGUGUCCUGUCCCGAUGUGCUCGCGUCCUCGCCCUUAGCCGGCCCUUGGUGGCGCAGUGUCCGCAGGAAGCCGCUGCGGCGCUCCGGUUGGCGCGGAGGCCGCUCUCCGCUCUCUCCUACAGUCGGCCCAAACGGCGAAGCGACCAGGCGUGGAUCUCGGGGUCUCUGGUGCAGCAAUGCCGACAAUACGGAGACCUGCCUCCCCUCACCCUCGAAAACAUUAAGGACCGAGUUAUGUACGUGCUGAAGCUCUACGACAAGAUCAGUCCAGAGAAACUUCAGGUGUCUUCUCACUUCAUGAAAGAUCUGGGCUUGGACAGCUUGGACCAGGUGGAAAUCAUCAUGGCCAUGGAAGAUGAGUUUGGGUUUGAGAUCCCCGAUGCAGAAGCAGAGAAACUGAUGACUCCAGAAGAGAUCGUACAGUACAUAGCCAACAAGAAGGAUGUUUACGAGUAAACCCAGCCCCUCGUAUGUCCCAAGAUUUCAUGAAGACAAGGAUUUUGUUUCUCCUUGCGUUGACGUUGCCCUGUCUCUUCCUUUGUGCUGAUGGCUAGUGUGAAAUGCCUCAUCUCUUGUACACACUGUAUUUAAUUGUAACAAAUGUCCAAGGUAUUGGUUGGAGAAUUAAACUGGUUACAUAUG